UCAGAAGACCGAGAAGCUGGAGGUCAGAAGCUGAAACAUAUUCUGGGAGUCUUCUGCAUUCCAAACCCUUCAUCUCGGCUAAGGGCAGAGCAGACACAGCUUGAAGACACUGACAGCUCUUUUUGGAUUCUAUUACUGUUAACAGAGCCCAGCAGAGCUACUCACAUCCACAGAGGAAAAGAGGAAAGUUUUUUGAAAGAGCAAGAUACUGGAAAUCGAUACUGGAAGAAGGCAGUCUUUCUCCUCCUUCCCCUUAGGGGACUGGCUUUUGGGAAAGGAGCUGCCCAACCUGGUCAUGAGACUUUUUCACACUUCCCAAAGAAAGCUCUUCAAGUUAUGACACUGCACCACAGAGAGCCUAGGAUAGUGUAACCCAGAGCAUCACCCCUAGCAACAUAUCCUGAGUGCAAUCAAUCCGGUAGGCACAGGAGAUGGAGAAUGAGGUUGGCAAAUCUGUGGACAAUCAAAUGGACAAAUACAUAGUUACAAUAAUGGGGAAAUCAGAAAGUCAAAUGGAUAUUGUGGAAAAAUCAACAAAAUCUGGAAGGCAAUCCUGGAGCUUUGUGGCAAUCGGUCUGGCUGUCUUGCUGCUCAUUAUGACUUGUGCAGCAGUCACCCUGGUGAUCCUGUAUGCCAACAGCAGAGAAACUCACUAUGGCACCAGUUCAGCCAACAUAUGCAGCACACCUGGAUGUGUUACAGCAGCUGCUAGAAUAAUUCAGAACAUGGACCCAACAACUGAACCAUGCAAAGAUUUCUACCAGUAUGCUUGUGGAGGCUGGCUCAACAGGCAUGUUAUCCCAGAAACUAGCUCCAGGUACAGCAUUUUUGACAUCCUGAGAGAUGAGCUGGAGAUCAUCCUGAAAGGUGUGUUGGAGACUUCAGAUCAAGGGGACAGAGAAGCAUUUCAGAAAGCUAAAAUACUUUACAAGUCAUGCAUGAAUGAGAGUCUUAUAGAGCAGCGAGAUUCAUUGCCCCUACUAGAGGUCUUAACGAUGGUUGGAGAUUGGCCGGUGGCUUCUGCAGACUGGAAUAGCACAAAAGAGCCAAAUUGGAGCAUGGAAGAAAAACUCUCCAUAAUGAACUCCAGAUUUAACAAACGUGUCCUGAUUGAUAUGUUUGUAUGGAAUGAUGACCGAGAUUCCAACAGACAUAUCAUUUAUAUUGACCAACCUAGUUUAGGAAUGCCAUCCAGAGACUACUACUUUAAUGGGGGCAACUAUCAAAAGGUCAGAGAAGCUUACCUGCAGUUCAUGAUCACCGUUGCCAAAAUGAUCCGAGAAGACAAGAAUAUGUCUAAAGAUGAUUCUUUUGUCCAAGAGGAAAUGGCAAAAGUUAUGCAGCUUGAAACUGAGAUUGCAAAUGCAACUACCCCUGCAGAAGAAAGGCAUGAUGUGACCUUGUUAUACAACAAAAUGACUCUAAAAGAGCUACAGGAAAAGUUUGCAUUGAAUGAGUUUAACUGGACCUUCUUCAUCCAAGGUGUAAUGUCUUCAGUAAGUGUUCAGGUCUACCCAGAAGAGGAGGUGGUUGUAUAUGGCAUGCCCUACCUGCAAGAGCUCAAAGCAAUUAUCUCAAAGUACUCAGCAAGCACCAUCCAGAACUACCUCAUUUGGCGACUGGUAAUUGAUCGAGUCAGCAGCCUGAGUCAGCGUUUCAAGGAUGCUCGGGCCAGCUACCGGAAGGCACUUUAUGGGACAACAGUGGAAGAAGCCCGCUGGAGGGAGUGUGUGAGUUAUGUCAACAACAACAUGGAGAAUGCAGUGGGAGCGUUGUAUGUCAGGGAGACAUUUGCUGGUGAGAGUAAGAGGAUGGUCAGAGAUUUAAUAGACAAAAUCCGUGAAGCGUUCAUUGAGACCCUAGAGGAGUUACAGUGGAUGGAUGAGACAUCUAAAGAAAAAGCUCGUGAAAAGGCAAUGGCAAUUAAAGAACAAAUUGGCUAUCCAGAUUAUAUUUUGGAAGAUCACAAUGAAAAAUUAGAUCAGGAAUAUGCUAAUUUAAACUUCAGUGAGCACAACUACUUUGAAAACAUCCUGGAAAACCUGAGAGCUGGAGCCCAAAAGAGCCUAAAGAAACUUCGAGAGAGAGUUGACCAAGAUAUAUGGAUCAUUGGAGCUGCAGUGGUCAAUGCAUUCUAUUCACCCAAUCGGAACCAGAUAGUUUUUCCUGCUGCGAUUCUACAGCCCCCCUUCUUCAGCAAGCAUCAACCACAAGCACUAAACUUUGGGGGGAUAGGGAUGGUUAUUGGGCAUGAAAUUACUCAUGGCUUUGAUGACAAUGGUCGAAAUUUUGAUAAAGACGGAAAUAUGUUUGACUGGUGGAGCAACUUCUCAGCUAUGCAUUUCAAGGAGCAGUCUCGUUGCAUGGUUUAUCAGUAUGGCAACUACACAUGGGAGCUGGCUGGAGGACAAAAUGUCAGUGGAAUAAGCACGUUAGGAGAAAAUAUUGCAGAUAAUGGAGGAGUCCGUCAGGCUUAUAAGGCCUAUUUGAAAUGGCUUGAACAGGAAGGGAUGGAGCCAAAGUUGCCUGGACUGAAUCUAUCCCACAAACAGCUUUUCUUCCUCAACUUUGCCCAGGUUUGGUGUGGUUCCUACAGACCAGAAUAUGCUAGCCAGUCAAUAAAGACAGAUGUUCACAGCCCUCUGAAAUACAGGGUGAUGGGAUCUUUGCAGAACUUUGAGGCCUUCUCGGAGGCAUUCCAUUGUAAAAAGGGUACAGCCAUGCAUCCUGCAGAGAAAUGUAGAGUGUGGUAGCCAAAAGAGAAAACUGGCAAGAAUGACAAGUACUCUGUCGAUAAAAUAUGCCAAUGACGUGCCUGAUGUGCUCCUGUUCAGUCACAGCCAAGGCUACUGGUGCAGCUACUGUAGUGAGAAUCAAAGAAACUACAGCACUGAAGCUCGAAGUUCUUAAAGUUCCAUUGGGAAGUAUGCAAGUAUCUCGGUGACUGAUGGGCUGUGCUGAAAGCCACAGUAUGCUCCAGAAUAAAUACGACUGUUUCAGAUGACAUCCUGACUGUUACUAAGUUACCGCAUCAGGUUUACAAAGACUAGUUCUUAGAAAAACAAACCAACAAAUAACUAUACAUCUAUUUUUCAACAAGAAAUAAUAAUUUUAAUGUGUCUUUCAGCUAUACCUUCUGAGACUCAGCAAACCUGUUUGAGGUGUCUCACCAAGCUGUUUUUCAGUAGUCUGGUUCAGUUUCUGGUGCUUUUUCCCAAAUUCAGGCUAGAGGUAAUUUAAAUUCUUGUGCUGUCUGUGUAGCACUGUCCACUUACGCUUUGAUUACUGCUUUGUUUUAAGAGAUUGCUAUUUGUCUUUAUUUUACAAAGUGAGCUAUAUAUUAAAAUACCUGCCGACUGCUGACUUAACACAAAGCUGCACUCUUCUGCACUGAGUUCUUCUGCUCCAAAGAGCAACUCUAACAUGACCUAGAAGUGAAGUUAAAAGGAUCACAUUUUUAAAAGUACAAAUUCUAUUGUUAUGGUUAAAAUUACAGGGUCCCUCCCUUCAGAGAUAUAUUUAAGAUGAUGCUUAUUCUUAUAGAAGUAUAUAAUAUACUUUUUGCCAAAGAGCAAAUGUAUCCAUGGAAACAACUACACUAUUUUUAAACUUGUGCCUUUUCAUUUGGCCAUAGGCUAUUUUUCAAUAUUUACACUUGAAAAUGCAACAAGUACUAAUUUUUAAUUAAUAAAAAAAAUAACAGUCACCAAUUUAGCAAGUAUUUUACUGUAGAAGAUCUUGGGUGGCUUUCUUCUGUAAGUGACCUAAUAUAAUGACAUUAUGUUAAACUGUUAGUCCUUAGUAGUGGAUUUUAAAUAUUCUUCUUGCAAAUGUUUUUCUUUCUAGCACACACAUCACUGGAAAGCAAGAUGAUUCCUACUAAUUUUUAGCUUAUGAAGUGCCAAACCACAUCAUUAUUCAAUUGCUUAAAGUUUUUAGUUAGUGCACCACUAGCAAAAUGUUUGAUUAUCUAAAUACCAUGGAAAGAAAUGAAAAUCAUUUAAUGGUAACAGCUUGGCCCAUAAGAGAGAACCUACUGAAGCAUUUUGGCUAUUUGACAAUAAAAGCUGGCUAGACCAAAAUUCUAGUAACUAGAAUGUUACUUUUACCAGCUAAAGUGAAAUCAAUCUAUAAAUUAAUUACAGUUUUUACUGCAGGUGAGAACAUAUAGUUUAUUUACAUUUAAUUUCUAUUUUCAAAGUAAUCUUAGAGGAUUAUUUUCUCAAGGAAUCAGCACUACCUCAGGGAUUAACCUCUCAUCUAUGCCCUUCAAAGUCUGAGUGAUAUAUAGAAGAGAGACUAUGUAGUAACAUAGGGUUUAUUUGCAAGUUUAUUGAAUGCUCAUUUAAUAUCUCCCCAAAAGGUUCAGAACAGACUGUUCAGCACCCACCAACAGAACUAAAAAAAAAUUACACAAAGCAUAGACAUAAUUUGGCCUUCACCUCAGUUAACUAAUAAAAAAAACUGCUUCAAAACUACUUUUUUCUGUGGUGCGCCUCAGACAACUACGUACAUCGACCUCCUCAGGGGAACACUACCUGAAUUAUGCUUUGGGUUUUUGUUAAUUUUAGCUAGGUCUAUUAACUGAGGAGAAUUGCACUUGACCACGUUAAUUUGAACAAAGAUCCAGAUUCACGGCAGAUAAGUGGGAGAAAAGGAUAAUUUUUCAUAUGGCUGUAAGUGCCUGAUGACCUUAGAAGAAGCAAUCUGCACUGAAAACAAGAAAGAAAUGACUAGGACAGUGUACUAAGAAGCUCCAAGAGCCUUCUUAAAAAACAAAAAACAAAAAAACAAACAAAAAAACAAAAAAACACACAUUUUCCUAUGCUAGGAUUAAGCUUACUCUAAAUGACUUUAACAGAACCUGGCACAUAGGUGUCCUGCUCGUGCCUCUGUACAGUUUCAAGGGUUUCAUAUGUUAAAACUUGUGGUUCUAGUGAGAUGCAUAAGAUGAUAACGUUUAUUUCCUGUUGGAUAAGUACUGUGCAUUCUUGGUACUUUCACUCAGUGCUAGAUUAGCCUGGGAUACAAAACCCCCGAAAUUCACAGCAGCUGCACUACAUUUACUACUGGUCAGUUUUAUUAAGUUCCAGUUCUCUCUAACAUUGACCAUCAAAGUCAUUUGAAGUCAGAUUCUUUAAGGAGGCUAGCAAAACACAACAGGAGAUGAAACAGUUUCAUGCAUUACCAUAGUAAAUCAUCUACUUAAAGUUUUAGGAAACUGAUACAAGUGAAAAGGCAAGUUUAGGAGAUAACACAGGCUCUGUAAAACACAAAUGGACAGUAACUUAUUUAGAUAUUAAUCCAUGUUUAACUCAAACUAUGACUAACUACCAGCUUUUGACUCAGUCCAGAACUAGAACCAUGUAAGGAGAUUACAGCUAUAGCAGUGGAUUGGUGAGAUUCUGAUGUGCUAUAAGGCCUCAUGCCAGUCAUGUUAUUGUCUAUGUACAACCGUUAGAGAAAAGACACCAACAUAUCAAGGAUCUGGAUAGAAUUAUGAAGAAUAAGUCCUAUGUUAGCACCUGGAUGUUUAAGGCAAGUCUAAUUACAUUCCAUUUUCGUUUUUAUUCACUUUAAAAGUGUUUUUAGUCUUUAAUUAACCCAGUGUGCGUGUUCCAUGUGUUGUAAAACUGAUUGUCAUACAGACUAGGUUUGCAUUUGCUCCUGGAUUGGAUUAUACAUGUAUUAAGGUAGGAACUUUAUAUUUCAGAAGUGUUCUGUGUCUCUACAACACUCAAUGUGACCUACAACCCCUUGUUUGAAUGAAAGGCUGUCCAGAUUUUAUUCUGGCUAUUAAGUUAGGUACAUCUUUUUCCUCGUAUCUGAAACUGUUGCUCACAGAAAGAUCACUUGACUACUGUUUCCUGUUUGAAGGAGUUUAAUUUUUUUUUCAGCAUUAAAUGACUGGGUACAAGAAUGUGAAGUGCUCUGAUAAAUCAGCUUUUAUUAUUUAAUUAUUUGUGUAUGGUGGCAGGCAAAAUAAAGUGUCUUUAACUGCAUUUUGUUUAACUUCACGAGUUUUGCUUCACUUCACUAUUCUCACUUACCCAGAUUUUCCAUGCUGUAUUAUUUGUGCACACUAUAUAAGUAAAUUCCAUAUUCAGGUAAUUA